UUAUCUUUACCUCUUAUCGUUAUCUUAUCCUAGGUCAAUAUUGAUUUUCGAGGGGCAGCGACAGCUCCUGUUCAUCCUAUUCAUCCUAUUCAUGAUUCAUGUGCUAAGAGCUUUCUUUAUAAAGCUUCGUUACUGCGAAACAAAACCGGAAGGACUACAUCUCUUGAAAAUGUAAUGUGUCUAGGUUAUACCGUCGCCAAAGCUCGUUACCAUCCAUACCUAAAUGCAUACAAUCCAAAGCUCUGAGCACAAUUGAACUGCGACGCGGUUUCGUCGUUGUCGCGUCCAACUACACCAACUACACCAACUACAGUUACUUUGGUCAUCUUCACACAUAUAGCACGCAAAUAUGUCUCUUAAUAGUAAGGAAAAAUCACAACUCCGAAGCGCCCUACAGGAAGCAGUUAUAAAAUGCUCAGAGAGAUGUCUUUAUCAAUCUUCAAAAUGGGCAGCCGAACUACUUAACGCUAUUCCUGAACCCGAGGUAUCGCUUGACGAUUCUCAGCUGUCGGAUGCAUCUAAUGGAUACGCAUCGACAGCAUUCGCCCAAAAUGGCGACCCGGACGAAGCAAUACUCGAAGCUAAAGAGAUUAACAAGUACCUUCUAGCCAAGUCCCUCUUCGAUUGUCGAGAAUACGACCGCUGCGCUGCAGUUUUCCUUCCCGACUCUACCUUGGCUGGAAUGGCAUCAUCAAAAGAGCCGAAUAACGCGACACCCAAAGGCAAGGGGAAAGGCAAGGUCACAGCACCUAGCACCAGGACAAGCAGCGCGGAGGUAUUACCACAAUUGAGUCAAAAAAGCCUGUUUCUUGCAUUAUAUGCCAAGUUUCUCUCGGGAGAGAAACGUAAAGAUGAGGAUGCCGAGAUAGUAAUGGGACCUCAGGACAUUGGCACAUGCAUCAACAAACAGCUAUUGACAGUCAGUCGCAUUUUAGAAACAUGGUUCGAGCAACGGAAAUCAGAUGACGGCGAAGAGAUAGAAGGUAGCCAAGGGUGGCUUGAAUACCUCUACGGUAUGAUUCUUGCCAAAGAAAAGAACGAAGAGCUGGCCCUAUAUUGGCUAGUCCGCAGCGUACACCUAUUCCCUAUGAAUUGGGGUUGCUGGCUAGAGAUGACUGCACUUAUCUCACGGGUGGAAGAUUUAAAUCGCAUAAUGCCUCGCUUACCGCAAAACAUCGUCUCCUUUAUGUUCCAUAUACACACCUCGCUCGAGCUCUACCAGCACGAUCCAAAUCUCGCAAAUUCCCUCGACCAACUACUCAAUAUAUUCCCGACGUCAUCUUUCCUGCUCACAUGCGAUGCCCUGCUAUCUUACCACGCAAAGGAUCUCGUUGCAGCAGAACAACACUUCAGCAAUAUUCUAUCGCUACACCCCCAUCGACUAGACUCGCUUGACCAUUAUUCUAACAUACUCUACGUCAUGAACUCACGACCAAAACUCGCAUUCUUAGCCCAUCUAUGCAGUAGUGUUGAUAAAUUUCGCCCAGAAUCUUGCGUGGUAAUUGGUAAUUACUACUCGUUGUUAUCCUUGCACGAGAAAGCUGUGCAAUAUUUCCGACGAGCGUUGAUGCUGGAUCGCUCAUGUUUGUCCGCUUGGACGCUCAUGGGGCACGAGUACGUCGAACUUAAAAAUACACAUGCGGCCAUCGAAUCAUAUCGCCGAGCUGUGGAUGUAAAUCGGAGAGACUACCGUGCAUGGUACGGAUUAGGGCAGACGUAUGAGAUUCUAGAGAUGCAUGCAUAUGCAUUAUGGUACUAUAAGAAGGCAGCCGGUCUCAGACCAUGGGACGGAAAGAUGUGGAUGGCCGUUGGCUCGUGCUUACAGCGCAUGAACCGAAAUCAGGACGGUAUCAAAGCUUUAAAACGGGCGUUGCUCGCCGAGAGCUACUACGACACAGGUAGCAGCAUCGGUAGCGGUGGGAUAGCGGGUAGUCUCCGAGGUGCGCACAUGGACCCGGAGAUCCUGCUACAGAUCGCCAACAUGUACGACGGCAUAGGUGAGGAAGAAGACGCCAAGGCAUACAUGGAAAUGUGUGUGGCGCAAGAAGACGGCGGGGUAGGCGACAGCCAGGGCGAAGGCAUCGCAAUCCAUAAUGAUUCGCCGGGAGAGGGCUCGGAUGACGACGGCGAUCGCGCCGGGCGUGGAGAGGGAGGUACGGGGGUGACGGCCGCCACUAGCAAAGCCCGGAUAUGGCUUGCGCGCCACGCGAUGAGGACGGAGGACUAUGUUACGGCGAACCGCUUAGCGAACGAGCUAUGCCAAGACGGUGUUGAGGUCGAGGAAGCGAAGGCGCUCAUACGAGAGGUUAGGUCCAGGAUGGAAGCUAACGGAAUGGAAUUACCGUCAGCGGGAUAAGUCCCCUAUAGCACGCUACGACACUCACGAAUUACGACUGUCUUAAUGCCACAAAGUGGUUUGGAAGCUAUGGCUCGUGCAUCGAUUGUGGCUAAUGAAUUAUGAUAUCUGCAUGAAUGGAACAUUAGUGAAAGUGAAGUUUUCUGGUUUCCUGUGGGUAACCGAUUGUAGUAUCGAGAACAAGAUAUCGAGAACAAGAAUGUUCUCCGCACACGCCGGGCGGUUGCUUGACUCUAACCUCUACAUGAACCUCAGCAACGUAACAUAUACAUACCAAUAUACAAAAUUUUCUUGAUC